AUGCUCAACUCACUCACGCUUACAGUGCUGAGUGGACUGUCCCUGCUUCCACGUCCAGCAGCAGCGCGACCUGAGCCACGAAAUGCAGUUUGCCCUCACGCCGAAGUCACUCUGCAGCCUGUGGUCUGUGUUGAAAAAGUUCCCAUUUACCUCAGCACACUCGUGUGUUCGAACACAGUGUUGACCGUCGCCGGGACUACCAUCGACGUUUCCAAUGCACCAACUCUAAUUAUUUCCGAAUUCCUGGCUACCACAACCGCACGAUACACUUCAACCUUAAAUCCUGAUCCUGCUUUCACCGGACCCUUCACCACCGUGACAGGUGGGACAUGGACGGGCACAACUGCUACGACCUUGACCGUCCCCCCCGCUGGCCCUGACACAACAGGAACAGUUGUGAUCCUGGAACCUACCAAGCCGGGCCCUGGUUUUACCGGUCCCUUUACCACCGUCACAGGAGGCAUAUGGACUGGCACAGCUGCCACAAGCGUGACUCUUGCCCCAAACCCUGGCGAUCCCACAGGCACAGUGAUCAUCCUCGACCCUUCUUCUGAUUCUGGCUUCGAUGGACCAUUCACUACUAUAAAUGGUGGUACAUGGACCGGCACAGCACCUACUACAAUUACAGUUGCGCCUGAUGCAGGUGACCCUACUGGCACGGUCAUUGUUCUCAACCCGACUUUAGAUUCCGACUUCAGCGGACCCUUCACCACGGUCACUGGUGGCAGUUGGACUGGCACAGUACCAACUACUAUAACUCGGCCGCCAGGUGCUGGGGAUUCCACUGGCACCAUUAUUGUUCUCAACCCAACUGUGACCGACGCAGAUACCUUUACUGGGCCGUUCACUACAGUCACCGGCGGAAGCUGGACUGGCACAGUCACCACAGCCUUUACACUGCCCCCUGGGCCGGGGGAUACUACGGGCACCUGGACCGGUACUGCUGCCACCACAGUUACCGUCCCUCCUGGCCCGGGAGACGCUACGGGUACUGUGAUUGUCCUCAAUCCCGAGGUCACUGCGACCACUUUCACUGGCCCAUUCACAACGGUGACUGGAGGUAGCUGGACUGGUCCUGCUGCCACAACAGUCACUGUUGCUCCUGGCCCAGGUGAUGCUACUGGAACCGUGAUUGUCCUUGAGCCUGAGAUCACAGGAGCGACGACUUUCACAGGUCCUUUCACAACAGUAACAGGAGGUAGCGGGUCUGGCACUAGUGCAACAACUGUUACUCUGCCCCCUGGCCCUGGCGACGCUACUGGGACAGUCAUUGUGCUGAACCCCACUGCAACAGAAGCUCCAGUCUUCACGGGACCCUUCACUACGAUUGAUGGCGGAAGCUGGACUGGAACUGUUGCCACGUCUAUUACCCUGCCUCCAGGAUCAGGUGACUCCACAGGAACGGUUAUAGUUCUUGACCCUCUACAGACAGAUGCAGCUACGUUCACCGGGCCAUUCACAACUGUUGGCGGCGGUACCUGGACUGGGACUGUGCCUACCACCAUCACGCUGGCUCCCGAUGAAGGCGAUCCCACUGGCACUGUCAUUAUCUUGAGUCCUGCGCCGACGAGCCCAACCACUUUCACUGGGCCAUUCACAACUGUCGAUGGCGGAAGCUGGACUGGGGCAGUACCAACUACAAUCACGCUGGCCCCUGACGAAGGCGAUCCCACUGGCACGGUUAUUAUCUUGAAUCCUGCAACGGAUAUUACAACGACUUUCACUGGGCCGUUCACAACUGUUGAGGGUGGUAGCUGGACAGGGUCGGUUCCUACAUCAAUUACCCUUCCACCAGGACCAGGCGACGCCACUGGCACUAUCAUUGUGCUUGAUCCUUCCGAUGCGGCUGAAACUACCUUCACCGGCCCCUUCACCACAAUCACGGGAGGUUCUUGGACAGGAACAGCCCCUACAGCCUUCACGAGGGAUCCGUCUUCUGGCGACCUGACGGGUACUGUGAUCGUCUUUGUUCCCUCCGAAUCAACAACAACGUUUACCGGACCUUUCACUACACUUGAUGGAGGCUCGUGGACUGGCACCGGUCCUUCAACCCUGACCCUUGCUCCUACCGGCACGGACACUAUUGGUACUCAGAUCAUUUUCACCCCUGUUGGACCGAGCGACGAGCCAUCGUCCGCAAGCCAGACCAACGGUGCCUCAGCUGCUUCUAGCCAGCAACCCGUCACUUUGGGUACUCAGGAACCCUCUGGGGCACAGACGUCUGCCGCUUCAAGUGGGGGAGCUGCUUCAUCAGGGGCUGCUUCGAGCGCAGAAUCCGCCUCUUCUGUAGCAGUGUCAAGCCCCGUACCCGCGUCCUCCGAGCCAGCCUCAUCUGCUGAUGCAUCGAGCGCUGCGCCGGUUUCUUCAGAGGCGGCAUCGUCAGCUCCUGUUUCAAGUGCUGGAUCCGCUUCCUCUGCUGCUGCAUCUAAUUCCGAGCCAGCUUCAUCCGCUCCAGCUUCGUCAGCAGCGGCUUCGAGUGCUGAGCCAGCGUCUUCCGAGCCAGCCUCUUCGGCCGCUGGAUCAACCGCGACUGUGGCCUCUUCUGCACCUGCGUCCAGCGCAGAGCCUGCUUCUUCUGCACCAGCUUCUUCUGCGCCGGCGUCAUCCGCACCAGCUUCUUCUGCGCCGGCUUCUUCUGCGCCGGCAUCUUCUGCGCCGGCGUCAUCCGCACCAGCUUCUUCUGCGCCGGCUUCUUCUGCGCCGGCGUCAUCCGCACCAGCUUCUUCUGCGCCGGCUUCUUCUGCGCCGGCAUCUUCUGCGCCGGCUUCUUCUGCGCCGGCGUCAUCCGCACCAGCUUCUUCUGUGCCAGCUUCUUCUGCACCGGCUUCUUCUGCACCAGCUUCUUCUGCACCGGCUUCUUCUGCACCAGCCUCGUCCGCAGUAGCCUCAAGCGCAGAGCCUGUCUCCUCUGCGCCCGCCGAGUCAUCCCUUACUCCAUCUACCACUGUCGAGUCUUCCGCGUCUUCCACCAUUUCUGAGUGUGUUGUAACUCAAACCACUGUGACCGAGACUUGUAGCGUUGGUCUGCCCGGAAGCUGUGCCGACAUACCCAACACCAAUGGACUGGCUCUGAUUCCCGUUUUGGCCUCUUGCACAGUUACUCUUGGACCCUUCGCGGCUGGCAACAUUCUGACGUGCUUGACAACCAACAUCAAUAUCUUCACCGCCGGUACUGACAUCGCGGAGUGUGUUUUGACCGCACUUGAGGCUCGCUGCAUCACGACGCUUCCAUCCGCAUGUUCAUCUUUGUCGUCCAGCAACGGCUUGGCGCUGAUCGGGAACAUCGCUGGUUGCACCAUCGCUCUUGGGCCUUUCGCCCUGGGUAGCGCUGCUAGCUGUCUCUCGACAGGCUCCAUUACUUCUUCCAGCACCGGCGUCGGCGUUGUCGAAUGUCUCGAAAUUGCCUUUGGCAUAAGAUCUGGCGUUGUCACAAUCACCGACCCUGCCCUCUGCGCCACGGCAACGCCGACACCCGUCACGCCUGUCUGCGCGGAGGUGCCCGCGCCGUGCCAGGAUCUUGGAGACGUGAACGGACUCGCCCUUAUCGCCGCCAUCCCUCUUUGCACGGCGGCCCUCGGCGUCUUUGCCGUCGGUAAUGUCGCCACUUGUCUUGGUACUGAUCUGAUAAGCCAGAACAGCCUCGGAACGACAAUCGUGGGAUGCCUGGAGGGAGCGCUGCAGACAACCUGCAUCAGUGAACUGCCGGGCCCGUGCCAGAACUUGCAAGACAAUACCGUCGUGCAGUUGGCCAUCAACCUGCCGCUGUGUACUGCAGCUCUCGGCCCUUUCGCCGCCGGAAAUACUCUUACUUGUCUGACUUCAGGUCUAGGCAACGGGAACUCUGUUAUUGAGUGUUUGAACGACGCCCUGUUUGGAGGAGGGGGUGCAGCUGCUGCGAUUCGUAUCUAG